UUAUUUCCCUUUCAAAUGUUGUAUGAUUCUAGCAAUAUCAAAGAACGCAAGCUGUGGAACUUCUUUCAUUUUAAAAAACAUGACGAACAAGUAAAGAAUGUGCACAAGUGGGAAGAAAUUGAUCAAGAGGUAUUGGAUGAUUACUGUCCUUAUUCUACUGAAGCCCCUAAAACAUUGCCAACACAGUGGACAAAUAUUGAAGUUGGUAAUUGGUUAUGGAGCAUUGGAAUGGAGGAGUAUGUUGUAAAAUUUUAUUGUAAAGGAAUAAAUGGUGGAAAACUCCUUAUACUGGACAAUCGCUCGCUAAAAGAAAUCGAAGUCAACAGGAAGAAAGACCGCCGGAAAAUACUUAAGGCUAUUAAGAAAAUUAGAGAUUUUUUGGAAAAAAAUCAUAUUUGGGUCUUACUAUAGAAAUUGAUGGAAAGAAGACACAGAACCUGAAAGAUAUGGCAAAAAUGGAAAACGCAAUUACUUUUGUUAUAUUUACUUUUCAUCAUUUUACUUGUAUGUUACUUUUGCUGUAUGAACUUUUAAGGGAUUUUACUUCCAUGUUACUUUUGUUAUAUGAACUUUUAAUCAUUUUA